AUGGUGGCGACAGAUGAGGCUAGGGCAGUGAAAUUUCAGGAUGGACUACAUCUUGACAUUAGGCCACGGAGUCGCCAUAGGUCCUACUUGGCUAGCCUAUUAGCCGACGAGGAUAGCAUCGAUCGCGGUUAUCCAGCAAUUGUUGUGGAGUUUCUGGAUGUCUUUUCAGAGGAGUUGACCGAGCUUCCUCCUCUUCGUGAAGUUGUCUUUGCCAUCGACGUUAUUCCCGGUACUGCACCGAUCUCUAUGGCACUGUACCAUUUUAUGGACUUAAUGAACCAUGUAUUUAGUAACCAUCUUGAUCAGUUCGUUGUGGUUUUUGUUGAUGACAUUCUCAUAUACUCAACUUUGGUAGAGGAGCAUGAGUAUCAUUUAAGGACAGUAUUACAGAUCCUUAGGGAUAAUCAGUUGUAUGACAAGUUCGAGAAAUCUGAAUUUUGA